AUGGAGACCCUGGUCCUGCUCUUCGGCAUCCUUCUGCUCCACCAGGCUCCCCCAGCGCGCGGCGACCUGGACGCCAACAGGAUCUGCGGCUUCGGGACGGCGCGCUGCCGGCCGGCCUGCGGUGGCGCGGAGUUCAGGAUCGGCAAGUGCCCCAACAGCCACCCCUGCUGCCUGCAGCGCUGGAGCGACAGCCCGCUGACCCCCUGA